AUGAAUGACACCUCUACCAACACCUCUACAACCAUGUUCCACCAGCCCAUAGAGAACUCCAGCUGCGACAUCUCGGUCUGCAACAAGAGCACACCGUCGGACCCCUUCCUGCAGCUGCCCACUUUUUCCACCGCCGCUAAAGUCAGGGUGAUCAUCACCUUCGCUCUGUGCGUGGUGUCGGGGGUGUGUAACCUCGCCGUUCUGUGGGAGGCGAGCACCAACAACAAGCGCAGGUCUCACGUCCGAAUCCUGAUCAUAAACCUCACCGUGGCGGACCUACUGGUGACUUUCGUCGUGAUGCCGGUGGACGCGGUGUGGAAUAUAACCGUGCAGUGGCUGGCGGGGGACGUGGCCUGCCGCUUUCUCAUGUUCAUGAAACUUGUGGCGAUGUAUUCAUGUGCUUUUGUGACGGUGGUCAUUAGCCUGGACCGACAGUCCGCCAUCCUGAAUCCUCUGGCCAUCAGCGAGGCUAAGAGGAGGAACAAGAUCAUGCUGACCGUGGCCUGGAGUACGAGUGUAAUCCUGUCUGUCCCACAGAUGUUCAUCUUCCACAACGUGACCAUCACGUCGCCGGCCAACUUCACACAGUGCACCACCCACGGCAGCUUUGUGCGCCACUGGCAGGAGACGCUCUACAACAUGUUCACCUUCGUCUGCCUCUUCCUCCUCCCACUGCUCAUCAUGAUCGUAUGCUACGCCCGCAUCCUCCGGGAAAUAUGGAGGAUAGCCAGAGAAAACUCGUCGUCCAAAGAGGUGCACCUGCGGCGCUCCAACAGCUACAUUCCAAAGGCGCGCAUGCGAGCGCUGAAGAUGAGCGUGGUGAUCGUGUCGUCCUUCAUCGUGUGCUGGACGCCCUACUACCUGCUGGGCCUGUGGUACUGGUUCUUCCCCGACGGCAUGGGGGCCACCGUCUCCCACUCCCUCACCCACAUGCUCUUCAUCUUCGGGCUGGUGAACGCCUGCCUGGACCCCAUCACCUACGGCCUGUUCACCAUUCACUUCCGCAAGGGCCUGAAGCGCUACUGCCAGGGGGCCAAUACUAGGACUGAACUAUAA